AUGCCUACCACGGCGGCGGCAACGCCAAUCAAGGCGGCGCCGGUUUCCGAGAGCCCUGGCACCUGGAGACAUCCCCGGCUCAACGAAAUCACGAGGCGGCGAAACGUGUCCAUCUUUUCGGAAAAGAACAUUCGGCGGAUAGGCUACAAUCUCUUCGCCCUGCUGGCCCUGUGGUCCCUUCAGCUCAUCGUCAGGCUCUGCGUGAGCCCCCAAAUCGUACCGGCGACGGUUCGCACAUACGUCGGCUGGGCAUGGAUCGCCAUCCAGCUGGUUCCCGUGGCGCAGAUAUCCAUGGCGUGCCUUCCUCUCUUCCGCACGCCCGACGACCUCUCCGACAUUCCUUUGACCGUGGCGCAACGAAUGCUCCUCGGCCUGCCUCCCUCCUCCGCCCCGCCCACGCCCGACGCAAGGUUCAGCACGCCGCCUCGAUACUCGCGCACGCCGUCCAUUGCCGGCUCGGUUGGCAGCCGGGCAAGCUACGCCAGCUCUCCCCUGUCCGGACGGGGGAGCCCUGCGUUCCAAGCCUCCGCCGGCGGCUCUCCUUCGCCCUACUCCGCCUCGGGCGGUCCUUUGCUGCAGAAGAGCACCAACGGAGCGAUGAACGGGCACAAGUCGCCCUUCAGUCCCGCGAGCCCUUUCGGAGCGCCGUCGUCGGCCUCGCUGUUCUCCGAUUCCGCCUCGCCGGGCUCCCCCAGCCCUUCGGCGGGAAAGCGGACGAGCGUCGGACUGAAUAGCAAGUGGCUCUACGAGAAGGGAAGACGGUCGUCGGGAGGUGGAUGGCUUCACUAG